AUGCGGCCCACCGUGACUGCCUGUCGGUUCUGUUCAGCCAUCACAAGAUCCUACUCGACGUCCAACACCCCAGCUCCACCCCCAGAUGCAUCAACCUCGCUUCGUCACGCGAUGCGAACGGUCGCCCAGCCCGUCGCGGUCGUCACGAUCCCCCUUGAUCCAACACGACCGAGCGUCGAUACCUAUGGAGCGACACUAUCCUCUCUAUCCUCCAUCUCGCUCUCUCCACCCAUCGUGUCAUUCUCAUUGAGACUGCCCUCAAGACUGGCGACCUAUCUAAUGGAUUCGAACGGCGGCAGCUCGUCACGGAGCAAAGUCGGAACCGUGCGGCCAAGCAAGACGAUGCGGAUCCACCUCCUGUCCCAUCAGCAAGAAGACCUCGCAAGAAUAUUCGCUGGGCAACCUCUACUUGUCGACAAAACUUUAUCAGAAGGAAAGCAAGGAACACGGAGGGAGGGAGGAGUGACGACGUCGGCCGAAUUUGAGCCGAGGUGGUUUGAGAGCUUACGAGGGGCGAGUUUGGGGACGUUGGAAUGCCGGUUGAUCAAGUCGCUUUCGUUGAGAACGUUGGAAGAGGAUGCCGAAGGGGGAGAGGUGGAAGGGGAGGGGAGACGAGGACCCGAAUCAGCGGAAGAGGAGGACUCGGCCCCGAGAUCGCAGUUGUUUUUGGCCAAGGUGGUGCAUGUCGAAUUGCCGCACGAAGGAGCGGGAGGAGGGUUUCACAAAAGCCUGGUAUAUAAGGGACAGGGGUACCAUCAUGUAUAG